AAUCCAACCCUUCGUCCCUUCCUACCUAUCCAGAGCCCGUCACUGACACGCCGCCCCCACCACAGAUCCCGGCCGCCAUGGACCAAGACAUCAAGCAGCGCCUCCUCCUCCCGCCCCGCGCCGCCGCCAACGGGCCCCACCGCCGCGGCAAGCCCGCGGCGCCAGGCGGCGUCGGCGUCGGCGGGGGAGGAGGCGGCGGCGGCGUGGCCAUCGACGUCCACGGCCUGAAGAAGCGCGGCGGCGGGCGGCGCUCGUGGGUGCGGGUGGACGCGGCGACGGGCGCGUCCGAGGCGGUGGAGGUCGCCAAGCCGGCGCUCAUGCGGCGCCUCGACCUGCCCGCGCGCGACCUCCGCCUCCUCGACCCGCUCUUCGUCUACCCCUCCGCCAUCCUCGGCCGCGAGCGCGCCGUCGUCUGCAACCUCGAGCGGAUACGCUGCAUCAUCACCGCAGACGAGGCGCUCGUCCUGCGCGACCAGGACGCCGACGGGGCCGUAAGGAUGUACGUCGACGAGCUGCAGCGACGCCUCGUCGACCGCGCCGACGACCUGCCCUUCGAGUUCAUCGCCCUCGAGGUUGCGCUCGAAGCAGCAUGCUCAUUCCUCGACGCGCAGGCUGUUGAAUUGGAGGCUGAAGCUUAUCCACUGCUAGACGACUUAACAGCGAAAAUCAGUACCCUUGACUUGGAGCGUGCUCGACGCCUAAAGAGCAAGCUGGUUGCAUUGACUAGGAGGGUCCAAAAGGUCAGAGAUGAGAUAGAGCAGCUGAUGGAUGAUGAUGGUGAUAUGGCUGAAAUGUACCUCACUGAGAAGAAGAUGAGGAUGGAAGCAUCAUUGCUAGACGAGCAAGGCCUUCAAGGAAUUGGCAAUAAUGUGUUUGGCUCAUCAUUCUCUGCUCAAGUUUCCCUUUCUGCUCCAGUUUCCCCAGCUUCGUCACCCCCUGCAUCUCGGCGACUUGAGAAGCAAUUUAGUUUUGCUAGAAGCAGACACGACAGCUUCAAGAGCUCAGAGAGCAGCCAGUAUAACAUAGAAGAACUGGAAAUGUUAUUGGAGGCUUACUUUGUGGUUAUUGACUACACUCUCAACAAAUUAACUUCGCUGAAGGAGUAUAUUGAUGACACAGAGGAUUUCAUCAACAUCCAGCUGGAUAACGUGCGGAACCAACUGAUCCAGUUCGAGCUGCUGCUGACCACCGCUACAUUUGUGGUGGCCAUCUUCGGGGUCGUCUCGGGAGUCUUCGGCAUGAACUUUGAGCAGAUGGAUGUGCUGAAGUUGCCGCAUGCUUUCGAGUGGACGCUCAUCAUAACAGGUGUCGCUGGCGCAGUCAUAUUCGCCUGUCUCCUGUGGUACUUCAAGAAGAGAAGGUUCUUCCCCUUGUAGACGGAUUCGUGCAAACCUUCUGCUGCACCCUGUACACUAGUAGCAUUUGGAAAUUCGCCGAUUUUUUCA